ACUUCUGAGCUGGCAAGAUGGCGGCGCCCAUAUCGAAGAUGUCGAACGCAGUGGUGCUCGGCCCAGUGUCGAGCCAAUUUUAGUCUUUCUCGCCUUGUUUUAAGGAGAAAAAUGGGUGACGCUCUCCCCGACAAGAUCCUCAAGGACCCAGGCCCCAAUCUUUGCUUCCGCAAGGAUGAGUUCAUGCGGAGCAACUUCUGCGUGGAUACAUUCGUCAGCGAACACCGUAAGCAUGCCGGUUUGGAGAAACUGCGUGACGAUCUUGGCGUGCACCUCAAGUUCCUCAAGUCGUCGAUGAUAGAACUCAUCAACAAGGACUAUGCAGACUUCGUGAACUUGUCGGCGAAUCUGGUUGGCCUGGACAAGUUCAUCAGGAACAUCUCCAAACCUCUGGAAGAACUCAGGGACCAAGUCACUGAUGUGAAAGCAGAAGUCGAGACGUCGCUGAACAGAGCACGGACGGAGCUGGAGGCAAGGAGGGGCAUUCAGGAGAAGAAGGCCCUUCUGCAACAAGCUGUGGCUGUCUGCAAGAGUGUGGAGAAGAUUGAGCGACUCAUGCCUUCGGCACAGCAGGGAAACAGGUGGACCAAUGAGCAAGUGGAGCAGGUGGCCAUGGAGGUGAACCAGGUGCUUUUCUACCUGAGCAAGUGCAAGCACCUCAAGUUGGCCGGAGCGGUAACACAGAGAGUGGAUGCAGUGACAUGGCAGCUCCAGCGCCACCUGGAGGAGACGUUCCUGAGCAGCCUGCGGAGGGACAGCCGAGGGGAGCUGGGGGCGGUGCUGCGCAUCUGCGCCACCCUCGACCGCGUCGGGCCCAUGGAGGAGCUCUUCCGGAAGAAGGUGGUCGCACCGGCACUGGACGAGAUGGUGCAGGAGCGAGUGCUUCAGGAGGUGGGACUGGAGGGCAUCUACGACCAGGUGGUGAUGUUUGCAAGCACCCGCUGCCAGACUCUGCUGGACCUCACCUCUGGUGGUGGCAGCAUGUCGGCGGAAUGCCCCGGCUACGCCUUUGUGGGGCGUGGCCUGUGGCCCGAGCUGUGCGAGCAGCUGGAGCGCCGCCUGCCCUUGGUGUUUGCAGCGGGCAACCCGGGCGUGUUUCAGUCUCGCUUCUCGGCCACCCUGGCCUUCUUGGCCCGGCUGGAGCGCCUAUGCGGCUCCAUCGAGGCGGUCGGCCAGUUUCGCCAGCAGGAGUCCUACAGGCGCUUCCUUGCCAAGUGGAAUCUCGCCAUCUAUUUCCAGCUCAGGUUCCAGGAGAUUGCGUCUCAGCUUGAAGUGGCCCUCAGCGAGCCUGGGAAGCUGAGCUCAGAGGGUCCGUUCCGGCUCUCCUGCCACCAGUGCCUGUGGGCCCAGCUGGAGCGGUGCUGGCACCCCGAGGUGUUUGUGGCCCCCCUGGCACACCGCUUCUGGAAGCUCACCCUGCAACUCCUCGCCAGGCACCGCCACUGGCUGCACCAGCAGGCCCAAGGGACCCAGGAGUUGGUGCCUGUGCCCCCACCUGGGCUCCAGGGGGACAGGCAGGGGGCAGCCGUCCCGGCGGGGUCCUCUGGGGAUGCCCCACCCUGCUCCGACUUGGUGCUGGUGCUGCUGCACUGGGACACACAGCAGCUGGCUGCCAAGCUGGACAGAUUGCUGGAAGACACGGUGAGACCUCAGCUGGAGCAGGCCGGUUUCACCGACAUAGCUCUGCUGAAAGGGGCCCUCGAGGAGUGCCGGCAUUCCCUGGAGGCCACCUGCCCCACGCUGUCCGGGCGCCUCGUGGAGAAUGUGGCAGCCGCCUGCUGCCUGCACCUCAAGGCAGUGGCCGACAUACCCCGCCUCUACCGCAGGACCAAUAGAGAGGUUCCUUCCAAGCCAUCCAAUUACGUAGCCCAAGUGCUUGUCCCCCUGGCGACGCUCAAGAGCAAAACCACCCAGGAUUUUGGCGUGGCAUGGCAGCCGGAGUGGACCGGCGCAGCUCUCGAACAAGUCACCAAGCAGUACACGCUGCUGACCCAGGAGGUGCUGGUGUCGGUGCGCAAGAUGGAGGACAGCCUGAAGCGUCUCAAGCGGGCCCGCGACCGGACGCCCGUGCCCGAGGGGGCGGCCUCGGACGACGACAAGAUACGCCUGCAGCUCUGCCUGGACGUCCAACACUUCGGGGCACAGAUGGAGGAGCUGGACACGGCACGGUCGAGCGUGCCCAGUUACGGAGCUUUGCUGGAGAUCGUGGAAGCCGCCAGGACCUCUCCGUCCUCGUGAAACCACCGGAAGACUCGUUGGGCCUCCACAAACCACUGUGUUACUUGAGCUCGGACGAAAAAGGGGGUACCCUGCACUUCUACAAAAGCAGGCUGGAGCCAUCUCACGCUCUUGGACUAGGACACUGGGUGUCUUACCGUGUGUUAACAAUAAAAAUAGGAAAAAAUA